CAUCACUUCUCCUCCUCUGCAAAGAUGCUUCGGUCUGCAAGGAUUUUGAUCUCCAGUGCUACGUUCGUGAUAUGUUUCUUCGUUGGCGUUCCUUCCUCAAGCUCUCUCUCCUUCAACUUCUCUACCUUCCCAAACGAUGUCUUUGUGUCGGAUAUCCUUCUCCAAGGCGAUGCCUUUAAGCGCGAUGGCAGCAUCGAGCUCACCAACAUCUUAGGCGGAACGAACACCUACAAUACGGCCAACUUCAAUAAGGGCAGAGCGAGCUACUGGAAGGAACUUUUCCUCCUUUGGGAUGCGCAAACCAAGCAGCUAUCAGAUUUCACCACCCGUUUUGUCUUCGAGAUCAGGCGUCAGGUGCCGACGUCUCUCGUCGAUGGCCUCGCUUUCUUCAUGUCGGCGCCGAUGUUCCAUGUUCCCGACGAUUCCUAUGGCGGCAAACUGGGCCUCUUUACUAAUAAUUCUCAGCUUCCCCCAUCGCCAACGGUGGCGAUCGAGUUCGACACAUUUUCAAAUCCGGAGUUUAAUGACCCGGAUAGACCCCACAUCGGAAUCGACAUCAACUCAGUGAACUCGACGGUGACGGCAAGUUGGAGUAAUUUUUCGGAAAAUGCGACCUGGACCUCGUGGGUUACUUACAAUUCCACCACUCAUAAUUUAAGUGUUUUCCUAGCUAGCGGAGAUAACCAGGAGCUCAGCGAUGCAGUUCUGAUCCUCAAUUACAACAUCGAGUUGAGCACAGUGCUGCCGGAAAAAGUAGAAAUUGGCUUCUCGGCGGCCACCGGUGAUGGCAAUGAAGAAAAUACUAUACACUCAUGGUCGUUCCACUCGACUCUGCAGCCAAGAAAGAAGUUCAAGAUGGCUGUUAUUGCCAUUUCCACCGCCGGGGCAGUAGUCUUAAUCCUGGUGGCUGCUUUGGGCUCGCUUUCGUUCCUUAAACGAAGGCGUAGGACGAACGGAAAAGACGAAGAAGCCGAUUGGAUCAUGGAUGAAGCCAUGGAUAAUGAGUUUGAAAGAGGAAGAGGACCGAAGAGGUUCCCUUACCAGGAGCUUGCCCGCGCCACCGGGGAUUUCUCCGACGAGGGCAAGCUUGGCGAAGGAGGGUUCGGGUCGGUCUACAGAGGCGUGUUGAAAGAGCCCGAGCUUGAAGUCGCCAUCAAAAGGGUCUCCAAGGGCUCAAAACAGGGGAGAAAGGAGUACAUGUCGGAGGUCAAGAUCAUCAGCCGGCUGCGCCACCGCAACUUGGUGCAGCUCGUAGGCUGGUGCCAUGACCGCCAGGAACUCCUCCUCGUCUACGAGCUGGUUCCCAAUGGAUGCCUCGAUUCCUACCUCCAUGGCAGCUCCGCGAUGACUUUGGAAUGGGGAGUGCGGCUCAGGGUGACGCUGGGCUUGGCCUCGGCUCUGCUUUAUCUCCACGAGGACUGGGGGCAGUGCGUGGUGCACCGGGACGUCAAGCCGAGCAACGUCAUGCUGGACUCGGCGUUCAAUGCCAAGCUCGGAGACUUCGGGCUCGCGAGACUCCUCGACCACGAUGGCGGAGCACAGACGACGACGGUGUUGGCCGGCACGAGAGGGUACAUGGCGCCGGAGUACAUUUUCACCGGCAAGGCAAGUAAAGAAUCGGACGUCUAUAGCUUCGGGGUAGUGGCGCUAGAGAUAGCAUCUGGUAGAAAGCCGUUAUUGGUAGCGAUGAAUGGCAUGGCCGAACUGGUUCAAUUGGUUUGGGAGCUUUACGGGAAAAAGAUGAUUCUUGAAGUGGCAGAUGCGAGGCUACAGGGUGAGUUUGAUUGGAGACAAAUGGAAUGCUUGCUGGUUGUGGGGUUAUGGUGCGCUCAUCCUGAUCCAAAGGCGCGGCCGUCCAUGAAACAAGUUAUCAGUGCGCUCAACUUUGAGGCUCCGUUGCCGGAGCUUCCUCCAGCGAUGCCGGUGCCUACCUAUAGUCCCACGUUGCUGAGGCUGUCUUCGGAUGCUCAAAUGAAUUCUAUAAAUGAUACUAGGUUUAGCCUUUCAGGAGGAAGAUGAUUCUUGAGGCGGUAGAUGUGAGGCUACAUGAUGAAUUUGAUCCGAGACGAAUGGAAUGCUCGAUGGUG